UGUCGGCGGUACGUGGCUGGAAAGAUAGAUUUCCAAAUUUGCGCUGUUCCAUAAUUGAGCAGGUGAGUGGCUGCCACGUUCGAUUGGUACAGUAAAGUAAGGUAUCGUCACAAUCCAGUGUGUUUGGUCGCACUAGCGCUGAAAUGGCCCACUCUGCGCUUAUGCAUGCUCUUUGUUCUACUGUUAGGCGCCUAGUACCACUCUAAUACACAAUUGUGUUAUACUAGACACUCAUAUCUCUUUUUUUCUGGAGCAUGGAGUUGUGAUCUAAUCAAGGCUCGUCGUGUCACAUCACCUCGAAAGCCACUGGAACAUGGCUACAUGUCAUGCCGAUACCAUGACCAUGUCAUCGUCCAAUCCUCGAAAUCAAAAGUGCCCAAACGGGUGCGAAGAGUCGCCAGAUCUGUACCAGUUCGCUUCAAUACCUGACGGAGCUGAAUUAGCUGGCCAAUACACUUGCAUGAUCGAUCAUUUGAAUACGCCUUACAAGAUCACCUGGACCGGUUCAGCAAACUAUCCUGAUAUCUCACAGCUCCCCGCAGAACCAAAUUAUGACUUGAAAGAAGUCGAUCUAGGAGAGGUGAUGGGCCGUAUCUGGUCUGUUUCGACACUCGUUGCUUUUGACUCCGAUGCUGUCGUCAGAUGCUCCCAUACCGGCCCAUACCCCAUAGUGAAACUUGCCCAUACCGCAGGGGAGACUCGUCGACGAAUCGAGCAUGAAUAUAGGAUGAUUCAAGAGAUGAGGAGAACCAGUUCGGUGUUGCCAAUACCAAGAAUAAGCGAUCUUCCGUUAUCUGACGAUCAUCGCAUCUUUGGCUAUGAGAUGGAACACCUGACCAGGCUUGAUCUGGAUGAACGCCCAGAACGUGUAUCAGACAUCCGAAAAGCCGCGCACCAGUCACAUGAAGCUGGAUUCUCCCAUGGCGAUGUGAGCUUCAGCAAUGUAAUGAAGAACAAAGACGGAGCAAUACUAGGUGAAUAGACUGGUCUAGACGUUUCCUCGAGAUACUGCAGAUUCUGGAGCACAUGAAUGCGCUCGGGAGUCCAGUCCUAGAUUCGAAGGAUCGGAUAUUGAUGGACGUGCUGAAGAAAAAGAAAGACAGCAUGGAGUCACUAUCGACAUGCAGAAGAAGCAGGGCACACUAGGGUGGACGCUGGAGCCAGCAGGCGCAACGUGUUAUCAGAUAAGAUGAGGCAUGCAGAACUGAAACGUGGGGCAAGCGGCAUCCCGGAGACGGCCACGACGGCGACUUUGAUGCUUGGCAGCCGGCAAU